AUGGCUGGAAAAAAUUUUGGUUCAAUAGCAUUUUUAAUACUUUUUUGUGUAGUUCUUCUAAGUAAUCAGCCUGCAAAUUCAUAUAAUAUUACCACAUAUAAUGAUAAUGAAGCUGGUCUUCAUGUAUUUAAUUCAUUGUUUUAUGGAGAUGGAACCUUAGUUAAUUACAUGGUUAAACCUAUUAAUGAAACAUGUGUUGAACCAAAAUUUUAUAUUAGAACAAUUUAUGCUAAUGGAACAAUAGAAACUUCCACCCAGAUAUAUUCAAUACCUGAAUUCAAUUUUUGUAAAGAUACAAUAGGACCUCCAACACUCAAUAGAAACUAUGGAAUAUUUAUUCAGAAUAAUACAUUUAUUGCAAUUAUACCCAAUGAAAAUGAUAAUAAAAAUUGGCAAUUGAUUUCAACCAAAGUUCCUAGAUUUCUACCAGAUGAUAAAGGAUAUAGUAAUCCAAAUAUUGAUUCCACUUAUCCAUCAAUAAAUGGAGCAAUAGAAGUAGGAAGUAAAGAAAUCAAUGUAACAUACAACACACCAAUUGUUCAAUCUAUUAACAAUAUUUCAAUAUAUCAAAUAAAUAAUAAUAAUCAAAAUAUUUUGAGGCAAUCAUUCCCAGCUGAUUCCUCAUAUUGUAAAAUAAGUGAUGAUAAAAAAAGCUUGACUAUUCAAAUCUUAACAAGCACAUUUAAUCUUCCUAAUACUAGCUAUUAUGUAAUAGUUGAGGAUGGUGCAUUGAAAUUAUCUUCCACUAACCAACCAUUGAUUGGAAUUCAUGAAAAUAUAUGGAAAUUUACUACAGAUAAUGUGGCUAUUAAAUAUUCAGAUUCAGCAAAUAGCAUCUUGAGACUCAAUGUAGAGGGAACAAAUUUAUUUAAUCUUGAUUCAACAAAUAGAUCAGAAUUUAUUGGAAAUUUAAAGAAUGAAUUAGCAAAUUUAGCACCAAUCAACCCAACUCGUUUGAGUUUUAUUAAAGAUCAGAUGGAUUAUACAACAUCACCACCUACUUUAUUGUUAUCAUAUAAAAUCACGAAACCUGAUAAUGAAGAUUCACAGGAAAUCAAU